ACAUUCUCUCAUUUCUUCACGUUUCUCUUUAAGGCUGCUUUUUUUUUUUCUUCUUCAGCUUUUGCAUUCAGUAACUAACAGUUUUUGCAUCUCUGCCUCCAUCUGAAUUGUGUUUAACAUCAACCAUAUUGCAACACCAUGACCAUUAAGAGUUGUGGCUGCUUUGGAGCCUCAACUACAAAGAAGAAGAAAACUAUAACUUCUCAUAGUCCCAAUGAAAUUGAUGGCUAUCCCUUAGCCAAUGUUAGGCAAUUCUCUGAUAAGGAACUGAGAUUGGCAACUGAUAAUUAUCAUUCAAACAGUAAGAUAGGAAGAGGAGGCUUUGGAACUGUUUUCCAGGGAACCUUAAAAGAUGGAAGACAGGUAGCAGUGAAGACCCUUUCAGUUGGAUCAAAGCAAGGAGUUCAUGAAUUCUUGACUGAAAUUAAGACAUUAUCAAAUGUUAGACAUCCAAACCUUGUUGAAUUGGUUGGAUUCUGCAUUCAAGGACCUAGCCGCACAUUAGUCUAUGAGUAUGUGGAAAAUGGCAACCUUGAUAGUGCAUUACUUGGCACAAGGACUAAGAGAAUUAAACUAGAUUGGAGAAAAAGAUCUGCUAUUUGCAUAGGUACUGCUAAGGGUCUUGCAUUUCUUCAUGAGGAAAUUGUGCCACAUAUUGUACAUAGAGACAUCAAAGCUAGUAAUGUACUACUCGACAAAGAUUAUAAUCCGAAAAUUGGUGAUUUUGGAUUGGCAAAGUUAUUCCCAGACGACAUUACUCACAUCAGUACAAAAAUUGCUGGAACAACGGGUUACUUAGCACCAGAAUAUGCAUUAGGUGGACAGUUAACCAUGAAAGCUGAUAUAUACAGUUUUGGUGUUCUUGUGCUUGAAAUCAUUAGCGGCAGACGCAGCUCGAGGAGUAACUGGGGAGACUCCAACAAACUCCUAUUGGAAUGGGCAUGGCAACUUCAUGAAGAGGGUAAACAUUUGGAUCUUGUGGAUCCAGAGAUGGAAGAGUUUCCAGAGGAAGAGGUGAUGAAGUACAUGAAGGUUGCAUUGUUUUGCACACAGUCAGCAGCAAGUAGGAGGCCAUUGAUGACACAAGUGGUUGACAUGCUAUCAAAGGAAAUCCAGCUGAAUGAGAGUCAAUUACAACAACCAGGAUUCUUCAUGGAUUCAAAUGAUGAAUCCUCUCGGAUCAAGUCAACUUCUGACUCUAUAAUUCCUAAUGUUAGCUCUACUCAUAGUUUUACUCAGGUGGCCCCUCGAUGAUCAUGCCUAAAUAAAUAUAAAUAGUGGUUCACAGGCUUAGGAUUUUUUUUUUACUGAUUCAUUUUUCCUGGAAUAUAUAACGUGGCACUAAAGCAACUAGCCAACUAGGGGCUAGGUAUAUUGAUGCCGGAACCGGUAGUGGAUCACUGUAUAGUAAAUUUACAAUAUACUAGUUUUGCUGCUUAUGUUCAUAGGAAACCGGAGAGAUGGUUAUGCUAGAAAUACAAGUCACAAGAAGGUGGUUUGUGACUUUGUGUAAUAGUUUAAAGAGAUUUGUUCAACAUAAAAGGCUUCUGGUGCAAAAUGUUUGGUCAACUUGUCCAUUUGCUUGAACAUAUUCAACAAUUCUAGCUCAUUUAUUUC